AUGGCUCGACGCAUUCCUGGUGUCAGGACGACACCUGCAGCCAGUCUAUGGCGUGCAAGCACCCUCCCUCUUUUCCUGCUUGCAGUCCUUCUUCUGUAUAUCCUACCAGCCAAUGGCUUGGACACGCAGCGAUGGCCCCAGGGCAGUUUGGUUGUCGAGCGGACAACUGACAAACUCGUUGCCCGAGCGGAUAAUUGGGAUGUCUACAAGGAGAAAGGGCGCAGAAUGCAUUGCGCGAUGAACGGGGACCAGGAAGCAGCAAAUCAGUAUGGGUGGGUUGUGGAUGAUGACGAAGACCCUGACAUGGCAAUGGGUCAAGACACUCUGGCGAACGCUUUCGAGGAACUCAACAUCGAUGCGGAGAAAAACUUUCUGGUCAGGAUUGAUCAUUCGAGGGCUAUGACGGUUGAUGGUAAACCGUACAAAGAAUCUGAAGCCUAUUAUCAGAGUCUGUUUAACAUGAAAGCUGGGCUAAUCGUUGCGGACGACAAUAAGAGCCCUGAGUAUAUGCAGAAAAAUUCGAAUUGGAAGCCUGAGCAGUUCGUGCCGCUGAAGCAGUGGUCAGACGUGAUCUUUCUCCUCUGGGAGAGGGCGGCCAGGGAGGCCAACAGUAAUGUCCAGAACCUUGAGCAUAUCUUCCGGAGCAUAGUUAUCAAUGGUGAUACACUCGCUAUCAUGAGAAGAGCCAUUGGGAAACCAGCAGACUUCGAGGGCUGGGGCGAAUUGAGGCCAAUGAAGGAGAAGGGCAGGACUUUCAGGCCCGGGUCUGAUGCGUACUAUGCUCUGCUCUACUCCCCAAACGGCCGCGGUGUCGGUUGGCUGUUAAUUCAGCACAAGGCCAAGCUAGGCCUGAGGACAGUCUCUGAAAUUACAGUAUUCGGAGGAAGUGAUGGUGAGCCGGUAAUGUACUUCAAGAUUGAGCCUGUGAAGUUGUGA